AUGACGCAAGCUGAUACAGCGCAAUCCCCGGUAUCCAUUUCAGAGGAACAGGAUGAUGAGCUGGAAGCGAAUGCUCCUGCAGCAAAGCUAGGAUGUGAAUCAACUGUGGUGCAGAGAAGGAAACCAAAGGCAUCAGAACCUUUGUGCGUGAGUACGGCCGAAGACGCGCAAGAGACGACCGACAUAUUGAAAUGCAUAUUUGUCAAGCUUCCUCUCCGUGACCCAGCGAGAGCAGCCCGUAGGCUCUCACGAACUGCAAAAAAAGACAUGCUCGAGAAAGACGGGACCAAGGCGGGGCCAAAAAAACGCCCCCGCCUUCGCAGUCAACCGGCCAAGAAAGCAGCCAAGGCACCACCACCAAAGGGAAGCUCAAUUUCAAAAGGCAAGGGGAGCCACCCUCUAGUUCCGAAGAAAGGGAAGGCGUCUUCGAAGGGUAAUGCUGGUACAAAGGUUCUUAAACCCACCAUCGCAAAGAGUGUUCCUCCUCGCGUGUCACGCGGAAAGCCUGUGCUACGACUAAAGCUGCGCGAUAGAAGCAAGAAAGUCAGCAUGCUGGAAGAUGUACACACAGACGAUCCACCGAGCUCCAGUCAUGGUCCCGGUAUCAAAUCGUCGCAGCCGAAGCAGACGUUAAUCCCUGCAGGAAAUACCACUGCGGGUGACGCCCCUUGUAGGGAACCAGCGUUGGAAGUUGAGAAAGAAGUACGCCGAUCUGCGCGAGUUACACGGGAUGCACCUACGUUGGAACAGAUCCUGGGGUCUGGAAAUACUCGCGCUCCCAUUAUGCCACCAGAGGACCUGCUUUCAAAAAUGCGAAAGCUCAAGUGCAGUUUGUGCUUGUCGUCGAUAGAAAUUGGCGACCAAAAAAAGCAUCCAUUCUUCCAAAUUCGAUCUCUUCAUCUAUGCGAAACUUGUCAGGACCAUAUUUCAACAAGUUCGCAUGCUUUUGCGGCCAUAUCGAGUGGCGCACUUUCUGGUGAGCACUGCGGUCCUUGGAAACAGUCCUCGGCCCUAGCGUUCGUCACGGAAGGACUUGUGAGGAAUCUCCGGCCGAGUGAAAGAAGAAAAGCCGAGCUCACGGCGGCGCACGAUAGAAUUGUACUCCAAUCCAAGGAGAGCGUGGGGAAGCGCGUCGAAGCACUAUCCGUGCCUCUCGAAAUGAUUGCAAUCAUACAGCUUCUGCUGUUGGAAAUCGGGGUAGCUUUCAAGGCGGGUGGUAUGGUGUGGCCCGAGGGCACAAUUUCUCUACCAGAGAAUGAUGAUACCCGCAGUAUGAUUAGCAAUGUGUUGCCACUUUCGCUGGAUGAUAUUCGAAGUGGUCGAUCGGCAGGAGAACGCGCAUGGGAGUCGGUGUUUGGAGAAAAUGAGAGGUGCGCUUCGCUAACGUCAUGUGCGAUUUUUGGAAAGGUUUUGGAUCUAGUUGGCGUAGCAACGGAACACGUGGGGGGCUGCGGUGGUAACACAUCGGAUGGAAGCGGAAAAUGCUGUGUGAGGGUUGAUCAAACUUCAGUGAAGGCUGUUUCGUCGUGGGCAAGCAAGUCCUCGACGGCUGCACAGCGCAUCUUCAAGGAACGGCCAGAUGACGUCACUGAGGAGCACCUGGGACAUCACGAAAUCUGUUGCGUCUGUAUAUUACCACUUGUUCCAGCAACGUUUCCGUUUCGUUACUCAAAGUGUGGUGGCUGUCGCAAGACAUUUUGUUCGGUUUGCUUAUCAAAUGUGCUGGGCUCAUCCGAGUAUGUGCGGGCGUUAUGUGAAGAUUCGUACUCCUGUGUUGGGUGUCGUUGGAAACAAAAGCAAAGUUUCCUUGCCAAAGGACAAUGGGGUUUAAAGAGUAUAUCUAGCACAAAGAAGACGACAACUGUCACCGAAGAUCGCCGCUCAACGCUUCCUCUCCUGUUGCUAUCGUCUCCAAUCCGCAAGAAGCUGCAUCAAGUACGAAACCACAAGAAGCUCCAAUUCGAAAUACGGUUUGCACAGUUGUGCGACUCGCUCAAUUACCAGGGUUGCACUAGUCAUGUGCGGGACAAAGGGUGCUCGCCCAAGCCAAUUUGCUUCCAAUGUUGUUCAUUGGACAGUGACGAUACAGGGACGGAAAGCACCGAAUCAGGAAUAUCAAGAGCUCCUUUUGUGACGUGUAGCGGCAAGAAAUGUUCAACCGUGAUGCAUCGCCACUGCGUCGAAGGAUACAAGCCGUCGAAAACCCGUGGCCGAUCAGGCAUGGUGUGCAAGCAACACAAGUGUUCUGUUUGCGCCGGCAGGGACGAAACACGACUCGUCAGGUGCCGAACGUGCCCAGUGACGUAUUGUCGUGACCACGCGCCGCCAGCGCCGGACAUUCAUAUUUAUUCGGACAAGUUCAUUGCUUGCCCCACGUGCAAGCCUUAUCUGCACUUUCCGCGAAUGUCAACGCAGAGACCUCCGCCGCUUCCGAAACGUAUAUCACAUGCAAACAACAUUGCCAUAUCAUUUGCACUUGACCAAAGACAGAGACAAGCCGUGGCUGACAGGGCUGUUUCAAAACUGUAUGACGGUGAAGACAAGAUGUCAGCAACAUCUAUUGAGAGAGGAGAUGUCUUCGAUCUACAUCGUACUUGUUUUCGGAAAGUAUGAUCUGUCGGCGGCACGUUUGGCUGGCAACGAACGAAAAUUU